GGAAUCCUACUUUCCAUACAAUCUUUAACUCUCCCUCUCUCUCUCUCUUCUCUGUAACAGCAAUGGAGGUCUUCUACUUCCUUGUAUUUGGUGCACUCUCUGCAGUUGUAGCUGUUAUUGAGCUCAGCAAGAACAACAAGGACCGAAUCAAUACCACCACGGCUUUCAAUUCUUUCAAGAACAAUUAUCUUCUUGUCUACUCUCUCAUGAUGGCCGGGGAUUGGUUGCAGGGUCCUUAUGUGUACUUCCUCUACAGUACGUAUGGCUUCGGAAAAGGGGAGAUUGGACAGUUGUUUAUUGCUGGUUUUGGGUCCUCCAUGUUGUUUGGCACAAUUGUUGGAUCUCUAGCUGACAAACAGGGACGGAAGAGAGCUUGUGUGACUUAUUGCAUUACUUAUAUACUGAGCUGCAUUACCAAGCAUUCACCUCAGUACAGAAUUUUAAUGGUGGGGCGUGUGUUGGGAGGUAUCGCCACUUCUCUCCUGUUUUCAGCAUUUGAGUCAUGGCUUGUUGCCGAGCACAACAAGAGGGGCUUUGAGCAACAAUGGUUGUCUGUGACAUUUUCAAAGGCGAUAUUUCUUGGCAAUGGCCUUGUUGCUAUUCUCGCUGGGUUGUUUGGAAAUCUACUAGUAGAUAACUUGAGCCUUGGCCCUGUGGCCCCUUUUGAUGCUGCUGCAUGCUUUCUAGCUGUUGGUAUGGCUGUCAUUUUGUCAUCAUGGUCUGAAAACUAUGGUGAUCCUUCAGAGAACAAGGACUUGCUUACACAGUUCAAGGGAGCUGCUGUUGCCAUAGCUUCUGAUGAGAAAAUUGCGUUGCUGGGUGCAAUUCAGUCGUUGUUUGAAGGCUCAAUGUAUACUUUUGUGUUCCUCUGGACUCCUGCUCUAAGCCCAAAUGAUGAGGAGAUUCCCCAUGGUUUCAUCUUUGCAACUUUCAUGUUGGCUUCAAUGUUGGGAAGCUCUAUUGCUUCUCGACUGCUGGCCCGCACAUCACUCAAAGCUGAAAGUUACAUGCAGAUCGUUUUUGUGAUCUCUUCUGCUUCUCUCCUGCUUCCCAUUGUGACAAAUAUUUUGGUAGAACCUCCGAAGGUGAAAGGCGGAAGCAUCUCAUUUGCAGGUUGUGUCCAGCUUCUUGGCUUCUGCACAUUCGAGGCUUGUGUGGGGAUCUUCUGGCCGUCCAUCAUGAAGAUGAGGUCCCAGUACAUUCCAGAGGAGGCUAGAAGCACUAUCAUGAACUUCUUCCGCAUUCCCCUCAAUAUCUUUGUGUGCAUCGUGCUAUAUAAUGUUAAUGCAUUCCCCAUCACUGUCAUGUUUGGCAUGUGCUCGAUUUUCCUCUUUGUGGCAUCUAUCUUGCAAAGGCGGCUCAUGGUGAUUGCUGACAAGUCAAAGACAGAAGAUUGGGCAUCAAUGAAGGACAAAAAUAUGGAGGCAGAGCCAUUGAACAUCUGAGUGAUGCCCAGAUGACAGACCACAGAGAUUUUUUGAAGGGUGAGAACAAGCACUAGAUUCAUUCCAUAAACGGAUUGAAAAUCUUAUUUAAUUGAAGCUGUAAUUCAAUUUUAUUAUGAGGACCACAGACAGUGUAUAAGAAAACAGUGGUCUGCCCAGCAAACAAAAUGGAGGUAGGGCAGGGAGGAAAAAGCAAGGGCCACUUAAGCUUUUUAUAAUUUCAUUUUUACUGUCGUUAGAUCAACAGAGUAGCGCAUAAAAGCUUGUUAAAUGCUCUCUUUUGUAAUUUUGAUGCUUUUGUAAUUCAGAUGCUAUUCUUUUUUAUAUAUCUGGUUUUAGAAUCAUUACUGAA